UCAAAAGGAUAGAGAAGAGCACACUGUAGAAAAAUCUGCCGGCAGCCUACUUGUUACAGCCUACAUUUAAUUCUGCAGAGCUUUUCGGAGCCUUAUUCAUAUGAAACACACACAAAGCAGGAAGCGUGUCUUUAUAUUUAGUUGUGUGAUCUCCUGUGCUGAGAGGACGAUGCCUUUGAGGACCGGACUUUUUCUCCUGAUGGUGCUGAACGCAUCUGCACAUGAACUGGAUCAGAACGAGUCCUAUUCGCCCAGAAGAGUACGUUUUACUGCCAAUAGCCCUUCAGAUGUGGCACGCUGUCUCAACAGUGCCCUCCAAGUUGGCUGUGGAGCCUUUGCCUGCCUGGAAAACUCAACUUGUGACACAGAUGGCAUGCAUGACAUCUGCAAAUCCUUCCUUUACAGUGCUGCUAAAUUUGACACUCAGGGUAAAGCAUUUGUGAAGGAGAGCCUUAAGUGCAUUGCCAAUGGCAUCACCUCCAAGGUAUUCUCCACCAUCCGUCGCUGCUCCACCUUCCAAAGAAUGAUAACUGAAGUCCAGGAGGAGUGUUACAGCAAGCUGGACAUCUGCACUGUUGCCCGAUCUAAUCCAGAUGCUAUUGGUGAAGUGGCACAGCUGCCAAGUCACUUCCCCAAUAGGUUUUAUGGUAAGCUGCUACAGAGCCUGAUGGACUGUGAUGAGGACACAGUGGACCUUGUUAGGACCAGCAUGGUGUCACGUCUGGGCCCAGAGAUGACCAUGCUUAUUCAACUGCUGCAAAACAAGCCCUGCCCAUCCACCACUAUGGCUGCAGCUGCUGCCAUCCCGACUGGAGUUGAGGGCCGUGGGAGCUGGCGUUGGUCCACAGGUCCCCAUAUGUUCAAGAUCCAGCCUAAUCUGCGAAACAGAGACUCUGCCAGUCAUUUUGGCAAAAAGCGCUCCGCCAGUGACAGCUCCUAACUUCCACUCAGAUUCUGAAAACUCCACACAAUCCUCAAAACAUCAUGAAAGCUCCUCUAUUCCCUCGGGGUGAUAAACCCUGUUCCUCUGCUAGACUGGAAGUUGCUGAAAUGUGCACCUCUAGGGAAUGCUGGACCUCCCAUAGAAUUGAUAUCAGUUUGAUUGUUGUUAUAUUGUAUAUCUUACAUGCUAGGCUUGAGAGAAACCCUCUUCCAUCGACUGUUUUCAAAUAUGUCCUCUCACAGUCAGUGUUGAACAUGUGGCUGUUGCAUUCGUGCAACAGGGUCCUGGCCACCCCUUUUCACAUGUGUCCAACAGAAAUAAUUAUUUAAGAAGUCUUUUUAUGCCAAUCUUGAAAGAAAAAAAAAUAAUAAUAGAAAAACAACAAACAACCAUAGUGAUUCAUGUCUCUAGAGCACAAUCUAGUGCAUUAAAAGACAAAAACAUUAUUCUAUCUUGUUUGUUAAUAUUAGUAAGUUGUUGCAUUAUUGGCUAAUUUGUGAGAAUGAGAAUUAGUGGUAGAUGUUUUUAAUAUUUCUGCAGUGAGACCAGUCAAAUGUAGAGCCUGGGAAAUGAGUGUCAUACUGUCACACGAACAUAACACUUAACUGUACUGUACACAAAGUUAUCUAAAACAGCCAUAGAUCGCUCUCUAAGGAGCGCUCGUAUGGAGUGAGGUCUGUAGAGGUUUCAUGAUAACCUUUGAGAGGUGACCUUAAACUGACCAAAAACAACAACAAAAAACUUCAAACUGCCCUGAAUGCUAUUCAUGAAAUACCAAAAUUGUGUAUAGCUAUAGCACUUAGACUUAUUUAUUUUUCUGAUGGCAGAUGUAGCCAUGUUCAUACAUUUCAAAACAUUAUUCUGCACAGACUGAUUGUCCAGGUCAGAAAAAAACUGUUGUUUGCAUAUCUUAUAUCCAGACACUUGCAAUGCAUAAGACUGUUGAGCUCUGAAGAGUAUCGGGGGCCGUGCUUAGUUGGAUCUGUGUCCAUGUUCUUAACUGAGUGUGAAGCAGUUGUGUAUGUGCAGUAGCUGAUGACAUGGUCACUGAUGAGAGCGAGAGCAGCCAUACUACUAGACUGAUGAUCAUCAUUCUCUGAAGUGACUCAUGUGACAUACACACUGACUUCCUGAGUCAAGAUGGAGAAUGACUAUUUAAAAAAAAAAAGCCUUGUUUGAAUGAUAUUUAUUUUCCUACUAUAUUAUUUAAUGCUUUUUUAUUGUUGUUUUAAUGCAUAAUUGUAGUUUUCAUUAGUUUUCAGGUUAAAAAGCAGUUUAGUCAUGGCUCCUAUUUGAACAUGAGCUCUAUGCCAAAAAAAGAGAAAAAAAAAAGAAAAAAAAUUGAGCUAAUGCUCAGGUGACUGAAUGGGACCCAUGUCAUGACUCUGUGCUGGCCAUAGGGGAACAAGGUUGGUCAUUCAUGUCAGGUGAUCUACUUUAUGGGUGUUACCAGGGACCACAGCAAAACCUUAGUUUAGUUUGGCACUUUGGUGUGAACGUAAAGGUCGUCACUGCAGCUGCUAGGAAUACAUGUCCGGUGGAGGUUGAGCACAUUACUGAUAACUGACCAGCUUUAACUAUCGUAAAACAAACACCAGCAUCAAAUACCCUGUUAGCCAAGUACUGCAGAAGCUUUAUAGUCUAUACCAUGGGGUGCAAACAUUAUUGAUGUUUCGUACACAUCCUUUAUUGGUGCACUUUCAUCUCUUUUUUUUUCUAAAAAUACAGUGGGAUUUAUGACAGAUAACAUACAGGUAACUACACACAUGUGUGACUUAAUGAAACACAUGCUUAAUGCAAAUCAAUGAUUUGGGUGACUUUGUUG